UGUGGCCACUCCCGUGGGCACACCGCGCUGCCGCCGCUCGCGGCCGCUCUCCCCACCCCUUCCUUUCCCGUGCAGCGAGAUCGCCCAAACUCCAGCGAGCGGAGACACCCACCCCGCCGCCGCCGCCGCCUCCUCUUUCUUCUUCUCCUCCUCCUCCUCCUCCCCCCGCUGCAAAUCCCAAAUAAAAGGGCGGGGGGCGGCAGGAUGCGCGGCUCGGCGGGGAGGUCGGCGCCGCCGCCGGCCGCCUGAUGCUGCCGCAAUUCGCCAUUGCCGAGCACGGCUCGGAGCCGGGCGGAGGGAGGCGAGGGGCAGCGGCGAGGGGCCGGGGGGCAGAGGAGCCGCAGCCCCCCCCGCCCGGCCGCUCCCGCGGGCCGCGGCCGCCGCGGUCCCCGAUGCCCGACCGCCGCCGGCGGGGAACCCGGGGGGGACCGGGGGCCCGCUCCUGCCUGCUCUGGCUCUUUGUGCUGCUAAAGAAUGCAGAACCUUUCCAAGUUACUGUCCGAGAAGACAAUUGUAUCGUUGUCUCACUGGAAGCAUCUGAUGUGGUGAGCUCAUCCUCUGUAUAUGUUGUGAAGAUAGCUGGAGAAUCCAAGAACUACUUUUUCCAGUUUGAAGAAUUCAAUGGCACUUUACCUGCCCCUGUGACUUUUAAUGCCAAAUACCAUGGCCUAUAUUACAUAGUAACUCUGUUGGUAGUGAACUCAAAUAUGGUUUCGAAGUCAGCAAGAUCAAUCACUGUGCUAACCAAACCCCUUCCUGUGAGCAGUGUUUCUAUCUAUGAUUACAAACCAUCUCCAGAAACAGGAGUGCUAUUUGAAAUUCAAUACCCAGAGAAGUACAAUGUUUUUACCAGGGUAAAUAUAAGCUAUUGGGAAGGAAAAGACUACAGAACAAUGCUGUACAAAGAUUUCUUUAAAGGUAAAACCGUUUUCAAUCACUGGCUGCCGGGUAUAUGCUACAGUAACAUCACAUUUCAGUUGGUAUCAGAAGCAACCUUCAACAAAAGCACGCUAGUGGAAUACAGCGGGGUUAGGCAUGAGCCCAAGCAGCACAGAACAGUUCCUUACCCACCUCGAAACAUUUCUGUUCUGAUUGUGCCAAUCAACAGAAACAAUUGGGAAGAGCACAGCGGGAAUUUUGCAGAAGAAUCAUUCAUGGGACAACAAGAAAUCAUAGGCAAAGAGAAACUGAGUCGUUUUUCUAGUGACCCAUCUGAAAUUCCUGUAGAGAACACAACUGCAGCCUGGCCUGAUUACCGCUCUAACAGUACUGAGUAUGAAACCACAUCACAGCCAUAUUGGUGGUCUAAUGAAGCUGAAUCAUCGGAGGGUGAAGAGGAGUUUGUCAAUGCAGUUCCCAAGGAUUAUGGGGCCAGUGAAGGAAAUGCAUCUGGAAAACUCACAGCAGAGCCUGCUCCUUUCCUUCCUGUACAGAUGGUUCUGACUUGGUUACCACCAAAGCCACCAACCGCCUUUGAUGGUUUCCACAUCAAUAUUGAAAGGGAAGAGAACUCCACAGAACUUCUAACAGUCAGUGAGGACACUCACAAAUUUGUCGCUGAACUGAAAGAACCAGGAAAAUAUAAGUUGUCUGUAACAACAUUUAGCUCCUCUGGCUCUUGUGAAGUUCGGGGAAGUCAAUCAGCAAAAACACUCAGCUUUUACAUCAGCCCCACAGGUGAAUGGAUAGAAGAGCUCACAGAAAAACCCCAGCAUGUGAUGGUGACAGUGCUCAGCUCUACUACUGCCCUAACAUCCUGGACAGCCUCACAUGAGAGUGGUAGCAAUGGCACAAUUGUAUCUGUGGUCUCCCUGACUUGUCAGAAGCAAAAGGAAAGUCAAAGGCUUGAAAAACAUUACUGCACAGAGGUAAAUUCAAGCAGCAGCCUCAUUGAAAAUCUCGUUCCUGGUGCCCAAUACCAGGUUGUGGUUUACUUACGGAAAGGACCAUUGGUUGGACCGCCCUCUGAUCCUGUUACAUUUUCCAUUGUGCCCACUGGAAUAAAGGAUCUGACACUGUACCCUUUGGGACCUACUGCCGUGGUUUUGAGCUGGAACAGACCCUUCCUUGGGGUGUUCAGGAAAUAUGUUGUAGAAAUGUUUUACUUCAAUCCAGCAACAAUGACAUCUGAGUGGACAACCUACUAUGAAAUAGCAGCAACCAUCUCCUUAACUGCCUCUGUGAGGAUAGCUAAUCUGCUGCCUGCGUGGUACUACAAUUUCCGGGUCACCAUGGUGACCUGGGGAGACCCAGAGCUGAGCUGCUGUGACAGCUCCACCAUCAGCUUUAUAACAGCACCAGUGGCACCUGAGAUUACCUCCAUAGAAUAUUACAACCACCUUUUGUACGUCACAUGGACCUACGGAGGAGAUGGUACUGACCUCUCUCAUUCCAGGAUGCUGCAUUGGAUGGUCAUUGCAGAAGGAAAGAAGAAAAUCAAGAAGAGUGUAACACGCAAUGUGAUGACUGCAGUGUUGAGCUUGCCUCCAGGGGACAUUUACAACCUUUCAGUAACUGCUUGUACUGAAAGAGGCAGCAAUACUUCCCUGCCCCAGCUUGUGAAAUUGGAACCAGCACCUCCAAAGUCACUGUUUGCUGUCAACAAGACUCAGACCUCUGUCACUCUGCUGUGGGUGGAAGAAGGAGUGGCUGAUUUCUUUGAAGUCUACUGCCAGCAGGCUGGAUCCAAUCAAGAAAUUAAAGUCCAGGAACCUGUCACUGUCUCUUCACACGUAGUGACUAUUUCCAGCCUAACUCCUGCCACCUCCUACAACUGCAGCGUGACCACCUUCAGCCACAAUAGCCCCAGUGUUCCCACUUUCAUUGCGGUUUCCACCAUGGUCACUGAGAUGAAUCCCAACAUAGUGGUAAUCUCUGUGUUAGCCAUUCUGAGUAUCCUUCUCAUUGGACUGCUGCUGGUGACCCUUGUUGUGCUUAGGAGGAAACAUCUACAAAUGGCCAGGGAGUGUGGGGCUGGAACCUUUGUCAAUUUUGCAUCAUUAGAGAGAGAUGGAAAGCUACCAUAUAACUGGCGUAGAAGUGUAUUUGCUUUCCUAACUCUGCUACCCUCAUGCCUUUGGACUGAUUAUCUUUUGGCAUUUUAUAUUAAUCCUUGGAGUAAAAAUGGACUAAAGAAGAGAAAGCUGACCAACCCUGUCCAGUUGGAUGAUUUUGACGGCUACAUCAAGGAUAUGGCCAAAGAUUCUGAUUAUAAAUUUUCUCUGCAAUUUGAGGAGCUAAAACUGAUUGGGCUUGACAUACCUCACUUUGCUGCUGAUCUUCCCAUGAAUCGCUGCAAAAAUCGCUACACAAAUAUCCUACCGUAUGACUUUAGUCGUGUCCGGUUAGUCUCAAUGAAUGAAGAAGAGGGAUCUGACUACAUUAAUGCCAACUAUAUUCCUGGUUAUAAUUCACCCCAGGAAUACAUAGCAACCCAAGGACCACUGCCAGAAACUAGGAAUGAUUUUUGGAAGAUGGUUCUUCAGCAAAAAUCUCAAAUUAUUGUUAUGCUCACUCAGUGCAAUGAGAAAAGAAGGGUGAAAUGUGAUCAUUACUGGCCUUUUACAGAAGAUCCUAUUGCAUAUGGGGACAUUACUGUCGAGAUGCUGACUGAGGAAGAACACACAGAUUGGGUUUAUAGGAAUUUCCGAAUUAGCUAUGCUGAUGAAGUGCAAGAUGUGAUGCAUUUUAACUACACUGCCUGGCCUGACCAUGGUGUCCCAACAGCCAACGCCGCCGAAAGCAUCCUGCAGUUCGUGCAGAUGGUCAGGCAGAAGUCAAUAAAGAGUAAAGGCCCCAUGAUCAUACACUGCAGUGCUGGAGUGGGACGAACAGGAACAUUCAUAGCCCUGGACCGUCUCUUAAGACAUAGACGAGACCAUGAAAGUGUUUCACUGUUUGGGUUUUCAUCAGAUUUCGUGAGUUUCAAGAAUGCCAAUUCCCUUGAUUCUUUCUUGCAGGAACAAUACAUUUUUAUUCACCAAUGUGUGCAAUUGAUGUGGCAAAAGAAGAAGCAGCAGUUCUGCAUAAGUGACGUCAUAUACGAGAAUGUCAGCAAGUCCUAGUUUGGAGUCCCAGGCGGUGAGACCAUGAAGCACACCCAUCUUCCCUCGCUUCCGAUUUUUUUUCUUUUGGUGGCUUGAACCACCACUAGAGACCGCUGCCUUGAGGUACGCGGACUGUGAGAAACAGCAACAUUAACUUUCAGAAGCACUGGGGAGAAAAAGCCUUAACAAGCCUGCGGUGUCUUUUGAACUGUUUUGAUUUCUGGACAUUUUUUUAAAUACUGGACCAAAUUCAACUGAACAACAUGAAGGAAAAGACACUACAAGAUGUGCAUAUAAUAGAGUGCUCCAGAGCAUUGGGUUUUCUUGUCUGGUACUUUCAGUUAUUUUAUUUGUUUCUGUGCAGGUUGGGCUUAAGGUUAAAGUAAGUAAGUAAGUGCAAUAUUUUUUUAAGGGUUGAAUGAAGACCUUUUCUUCAUGUGUCACUGGUCUGUGCUAACGUCCAUAGGAGAGCAGGCAUUGUUAGUAUCUAAUAAUACCUCAUUAGUGAAUAGCGAGGCAUGAACAUACAUGAAGAAAUCUGGAGAUUGUGAAAGAUGGGGGGGGGGGGGGGAAAGGGGUGCUGGGUACCUGGAUUGAACUGUUUCCUGCAGCCCUGACAUUCUCUGCUUGGGGCCUGGGGAAAUGCAAGACCCAUGGAACAGACUGACCUUCGGAAAUGCAGACCAUGGAGCCCGAAGCUGAAGCAGGCAACUGAGGAAUGGGAUCAUCAUGGUUUGUGACAGUGCUGAUAGGAAUAAAGCAGAGAUUGCUCUUUUCUCCAACCUUUUCAGUAACACCACUGAAAAGGUUAUUUUUUUUUUUUUUUAGAUCAAUCUAAUACAAGCGCAGCUGAGGUAGCUUCGACUCCAUUUCUAUAGCAUCUAACUGUCUGAGCAAUCUAUGGUGCCUAUACCCCUCAUUUGUUUAUUAUUUUUAAUCGGUAUUAAACCUGUGUAAAAAUGUGAAGCUGAUUCAGGUUGGGUUAAGAAAAAAAAUGUGCUUUAAUGGAUGUAACUAUUUUUCCGAGCCAGGAAUUCACGGUGUUACAAAAACUUUGAUUUUUUUUUUUUUUUUUUGGCAUGUGAAGGGAUAUGGUUUUUGCUUUAUUGCUACAAGGCUGCCAAAGCAUCGGGACAGAUUCCUGCAGGGACGUCGGGUCAAGGCGAUGGGCUCUUUUCCUUUUUGCUGUCAGUUUCAGUUCUAGUCAGAAUAAUUAGCUAUAUAUAUUUUUUUGUCUUUGUAUAAUUCCAGUACAUCAUUGUGUAUUGUGACAUGGAUGCUGUCAGAAUGGAUGUUUGAUGGCAUUUUGUAGCCUGUUGCUUUUUGUCACCUCAUUGGAAGUUAGCAGCAAUGGUAACUCAAUGUAAACAAAACAAACUUGAACUGAAAGUAAACACACUGGAUUGCUUA